GAGAGCGCUUGCUGACCGCCAAGAGGUGGGACGGGAACCGAGCGCCGCCAGCAGCAGCCACUCAGCCCAGCCAAAUGGACACAACCGUGCUCUCCCGCGCGCUGCUACUCCUCCUCUUCUUGCACCUGUCGCCACAGGGGUCUCAUUCGUACCCGCUGGGCGACUCAUCCGAGACCUCCCAGAAGUUUCCUGGAUUACAGGAGCUACUGGAGCGGAUCCUGAUGCAGCUUUCCCAGCUGGAGAUAGAGCAACUGGCUACCGAGUCCUCCCAGCCAACUGAAAGCACCACACAAACCUGGGAAACCCGGCAGACCCAGGAGACCCAGGAGACCACCGCAGCCCCUAGACUGAGACAGAGCCAAGAUGGGACCAUCCAGGCCCUGGACAAGUCCUACAGCAUCCAGAUGAAGCAGAAAUUGGGUUGCUUUGGGCGGAGGCUAGACCGGAUCGGCUCCUCCCGUAGCCUGGGCUGCAAUGGGUUUCGGAAGCCCUAGGAGGUGCGCUGGUCACAAGAGCCAGCAUUCUGAAGCUCCACGAAGGGUUCCCUACACCCCCAGUCCACGACCUCUUCAGAGCGGCUCCUAUUUAUUUAUUUAUGUAUUUAUUUAUUUUUACUUGAUUAUUUUUUCAAAGCUGAUUUCUUAACCUUUGAGCAUGACAUUUCCACUAUGAAAUAAAAUCAACGUGAUCUCUCUCCU